AUGACGGGCAUCAACUCAACAAGUAGUCCACCACCUCCAUUCCAAGUCCAACCAUCCCGAAGUGCAUUCUGCGAUAGUAACAGAACACUACUACCCUUUGUGUAUAACCUCACCGUCUUCUAUGCUGAGGCCAAUCUUCGGGGGAGCGAGGCCCCCCUGGUGGCCACAUCCGUGGUCAUGUUCGUCCUCGCCGUGCUCUUCUUCAUCCUCAACCUCUUCAGCCGUUCCUCGGAUGCGAGCGCCAUCCUUAACCCUACUGUCCGCCUCUUCCUCUCCACCUCGCUCUCUCUCUUCCUCCCCGCCAUGUCAUACCUCUAUUCGGAGGCCAAGAACGCGGUCGGCCAGACGGCGGACCUCUCGGUUCGAGCCCGGACGAUCCUCAUGUGGAUGUUCCUUGUGGAGCUCCUCCGCAAGAAGGUGGAGGCGAUCCUGGUCACCGCAGGCAUGCAGGGCUAUUCGGACACAAUCGAUAGCGCCAGCCGGGUCGUCUGGCUAGGUAGCCUCGUCUUCUUCAACCUAAGAAGCGCCGGCAAGAAGGCAUUGUAUGGAUCCCUGUGGGUCCUUGCAGCUGCCAAGUUGGUGCAGAGGUUCGUCACCGUAGAGCUGGGAAAGCAUUCUUUCGCCUAUGGCAAGAAUCCCCAGCUUAUCGCCUCUUACAUGACCCAGAUGCUGAAGCUACAAGGUGAGGCUGGGUCGGAUGUUUUGAAGGGGUGCAACUAUGCCGUGAUUGGCGAAGAGGAGCUGAAAAAGAAGGCCGGCCCCAAGGGUUACAAGCUCGACGAGCUGGAGAAGGCAAUAUCAGAAGCGGACUCCAGCGUCGUCACGGUUGGCAAAAUCUGGGCCCUCGCCGAGAAAGACACGCUGCUGCAUAGGGACCCGAAGCUGAAGCGGCUCUGCCUGUCCUUCGCCCUCCACAAACUGCUCCGCCGGAGGCUGGAGGAGUACCCCAUAACCGACGCGGAAGCCUCCAACUGCCGCGACCUCGUCUUCAAAGGUCUUUGGCGAGAGGGCAUGGGUGGGGAGGAUGCCAUCCAAGUGUUCAGCGACGAACUCCAGUUCCUCUGCGAGUACUACCACUCCGUUCUUCCGGUGGUCUUUGCCAGCCCCUUCUUCUUCGUGCACAACUACAUCCUGUUCCCCAUCAUUGUAUGGGCAUUCUGCAUCCUCAUGCUCAUCUUGUGUAGCAACGGGGACGUGCCCUACGCCUUGCACAGCUUCAGGACCGACAACUCCGUCAUGUCCGGCGGCGUCCUGAGGAUCGCCAGGUGCGUCCUGGGGAAGGUUUGGGACCUGUCGACUCCUUUCGUGUUCUGCAGUAUCGACAUAUCCAUCACCAUCCUGCUCAUCCUCGCCUUUGCCUACGAGGAGGUCUGGGAGUUCAUCGUGUUCCUGAUCUCCAACUGGUUCAUGGUGUCCCUGCUCUGCAGCCACACCUCCACGCCGGAGUGGCGCACACACCCGCUUCUGAGAAGGAUCAUCCCGUCCAUCGUCUCGGUGAGGAACACCAUGAACCAACCUCAGGUCUGCUUCAAGCAGUUUUCUGUGCUACGGUUCAGCCGGCUGUCGUUGCCGCUGCCCACCAGGGAGGUUCCCGAGGAAGCCAAGACGUUAAUCAUGGAGCGUCUGGCUAGGGUCAGCCGCGACGCUCCUCUCAGCAACGGCAUGUCUGUUCUGCGAUCAGCCGAGCACCGUCUGUCGAUACAGUCACAUGAGCUGUCGUGGGCGUGCAAGAGCGACAGCAUCGCUGAGGUGAUUCUCACGUGGCACAUCGCCACGGCGCUGCUGGACGCGACGUACCGGCGGCAGAGGGGCACGCGGCCUGAGGACGGACGCGAGGCGGCCACGGCGUUGUCCGGAUACUGCGCCUACUUGGUCGCCUUCCAUCCGAAGCUCCUCCCGGACGACAAGGACGGGACGGAGCUGGUGCACGCGGACAUGAAAAGGCAGCUGAGAGAGGAGAUGGGAGGCUGGUGGGGUUACUACCGCUCCGGCGAGAGCGACCGGUACACCAAGCUGAUGCAGGUCGCACGGACCAGGCAGGAGGAGACCACGGUGAUAAGCAAGGGAGCAAGGCUCGGGAAGGUUUUCAUCGACAGGUACAAAGAUGACGCACGCGAGAGAGUGUGGAAGCUGCUGGGCGACCUCUGGACCGAGGUGAUGCUGUACGUGGCGCCGACGAGCGGCGAGCUGCACAUGAAGGCCCACAAGGAGGCGCUGGCGGAGGGCGGCGAGUUCAUCACGGUGCUCUGGGCGAUUGUCACCCACACCGGCAUAACCCGCCCAGCCGAACAGGUGGAGGCGCCGCUUCGGACCAUCUCCAUUGCGGGUUAA